AUGUCUAUCUUUUGUCGAUAUAUAGAUAACUUAGUUUGUUCACAUCUAUCUAUCUAUCUAUCUAUCUCAGUUUGUUCAUAUCUAUCUAUCUAUCUAUCUAUCUAUCUAUCUAUCUAUCUAUCUAUCUAUCUAUCUAUCUCAGUUUGUCCAUAUCUAUCUAUCUAUCUAUCUAUCUAUCUAUCUAUCUAUUUGUCCAUAUCUAUCUAUCUAUCUAUCUUUGUCCAUAUCUAUCUAUCUAUCUCAUUUGUCCAUAUCUAUCUAUCUAUCUAUCUAUCUAUCUAUCUAUCUAUCUAUCUAUCUAUCUAUCUAUCUCAUUUGUUCUAUUCUGUAUACUUCUAUAUCCACGUCAGAUAUCCCCGACCUCUCUCACCCUCUCUCUUCCCGCUUUGGAUUGGGGCCUUCUCUCCAGGGGAUGUAGUCGGCUCCUCCGAGAAGUCAACCCUUUAUUUUUGUCGUUUCUUUCUUUCUCUCUCUCUCCUCUCUCUCUCUCUCUCUGUCUUACUCUCCACAUUUUUCAUUCUCUUUUUCUUUCUAUCUGUCGUUCGAUCUAUCUUUUUCAGUUUGGUCAUUUCGGUUUAUCGAUCUCAUUAUCUAUCUAUCUAUCUAUCUAUCUAUCUAUAUAUAUAUAUAUAUAUUUCAGUUAAUAUAUAUGCAAGACUGAUCCUAUCUAUCUAUCUAUCAAGUGCUGAGGUUUAA